AUGAGUGGAUCUUUGUACAGAAACGAAGUCAUGGACUCGAAACCCAUCGAUGUCGGGAAGCAAAGCUAUGAGGAUGCCCGAGAUAUGGUGGCCUUGGGCCAUACAGAAGAACUUACGAGGAAGUUCUCGCCAUGGAGCAUGCUCGCCCUCGCUUUCUCGAUUUUGGGCACUUAUGGCACCUUUGCCCAAGACCUGGCAUCUGGAUUGAACAAUGGCGGCCCCAUCACAAUCCUAUGGGGUCUUGUGCUUGUCUUCGUAUGUAACCUCUGUGUUGCACUUAGCUUGGGUGAGCUAUGCAGCGCUAUGCCUACUGCUCUUGGUCAGGCUUACUGGAUGCACUCGCUGUGGCACACACCAACAGGAAGAUUUGCAUCAUACAUGUGUGCCUGGAUCAACACCUUUGGCUGGUGGACACUCAAUGCUUCGCUCGUCGCCUUCGCAACCAACUUUCUGCUUGGCAUCAAGCUCAUGUACGAUCCGGACUGGAAGGGUGCUGGAACAGGAUGGGUCGAGUUUCUGGUGUAUCUGGGCAUCACGGUCGUGUUCACAGUCUUCAAUCUGGUGGCUUGUAGAAACGACAAGAUUCUGCCUUGGUUCAACAACAUUGUCGGCAUCCAGUUCGCUGCGCUCUUCUUCAUCCUCAGUCUUGCCUUGCUCAUCUCUGUCGGCACCAAGCAAGGGCUUGAGUUCCAACCGCCGUCUUUCGCAUUUGGUGCAUGGAUUAACGAGACAGGAUGGCCAUCGGGAGUGGUCUGGUUCACUGGUCUCGUUCAAGCGGCCUAUGGGUUAACAGCUUUCGAUUCGGUAUGUCGUCCANNCAUGAUAGAAGAACUACCCAACCCUCGCGUCAACGCNCCCCGCGCCAUCUGGCUGUCGGUCGUCCUCGGCGCCAUCACUGGAUUCCUGUUCAUGGUCGUAUGUCUCUUUUGCAUCCAAGACCUCGACAGAGUGAUCAACACACCAACCGGCUUGCCGUUCAUGCAGCUCGUCCAAGACUGCGUUGGCCUCGAAGGCGCUGUCGUGUUGAUGGUGCUCUUCACAAUGAACAGCUUAGGUCAGGGCAUGUCCAUCACCACAACCGGCAGCCGCUUGACCUGGGGCUUUGCCCGUGAUAACGGCUUGCCUUUUUCGAAAUACAUCAAGAGGGUCAACAAGAAGUGGAAAGUUCCGCCACAGGCCUUGCUGGUUCAGGGAGUGCUCAUGGGUCUGGUUGGCCUUCUUUAUCUGUUUGCAAACACGGUGCUUGAGGCCAUCCUGAGUGUUGCCACUAUCGCUUUGACUGUCUCCUACGCCAUGCCCAUCUUGACUCUGCUGCUCGUGGGCCGCAACAAAUUACCUGCUGGCGGGCAAUUUGGACUCGGUAAGUAUGGAGCUGUGAUCAACUGGAUCAGUGUGGUCUACUGUGUCGUCACAACAAUCUUUUUCUUUUUCCCAGGCGGACCCAAUCCAUCGGGAGCAGACAUGAAUUACGCUAUUGCCGUGUUUGGUGUCAUGCUUGUCGUCUCCAUUGUCUUCUGGAUCAUCAAGGGCCGCAAGACGUAUCUACGAGUUGAGCCGUCUGAAGAGAUCGUAUUGGAAGCGCUGCAUCUAGAGGAUAGUUAUACAGAAGUUCCUGGCUCGUCACGAGGCGAUGUAAAAGGGUCGAAGCAAUGA